AAGAAGUAUGUCGAUCUUUCGCUGCUACUAAACGAAGUUCUUAUAACCAACUAUUUCUAUUUUAUAAAACCAAGAUAGUAAUCACUUCAACUGCUAACACCACGGGAUGAUCAUUUCUGAUUGAUGCGAUGCGGGGUCAUUGAGUCGGUAUAUCCAAUUUCUCUUUCAUUCUGAUUGAGCAAUUCAUCGCUCAUUGCAUUUACAUUAUUUCCUUUUUACUUCGUGUUUUUCUCGGGAAUAAACAAAGUACAAUGUUUGCUGUGAUUCAUGCUACAACUGCCCAAAGACGGUCUUGAAUACGUCAGGUGACGUAACCAAUAUACUAACCAAUGGAAUGAUUGGUAAAGCCAGUGGCUUAACUUUCAUAACUGAUUUUCAUUUUGUAUUCACUAUGACAUGUCCAUAUAUAGAAAAUACACACAUACAUAUUCGUAUACAGAUUGGGUGGUCUUUGCAUCUUUAUCUGACAGGGAUAACAAUGAGAUAACAAAAUCAACGUUCUCGAUAUUCACAGCAAUACUGUACGCAGCUUAUGUGCAAUAUAUCUAAGCCAACAUACUGUUUGUAUCUUUAAACAUGCGGAUGUUCGGUUUUGGCGCUGUUUUUGUAGCGUUUUGUGCAAUUUGUGAUGCCGAUAUACAGUUUCCAUCUUAUGAAGACCUCAUAUCGUUCGACGUCAGAUUGUUAAAUCCAAAACCCCUAAGUAACGUCACAAACCGGCUGCUAGAGCUGAAGUCUGUUGUUAAUCAAGUACAUGAUGUCAAUUUCCUAAAAUCCUUAGCAGAUUCUAAUGGUGACACUUUGAAAUCAUCAGCAGAAGACGGAUCUGUUCUAUUCGCUGACAAAUAUAACGUGUCGGAAACCUGUCGAGAUCACUGGAAUCGCGCGUUCACAGCACUGAGGGCGAAUGAGUACUGGGCUCUCAAAAUGAUUGACUCUUCCGCCAAAAUUGAAUCUGGAGUUUUAGAUGGCAACACUAAAUGGCUGGGAUCCUAUGAUGAGUGCUUUAAUUUGGAAGUUCCAGUGAAGCAUUUCAACAUCAGUUCGAUUGAGACACAAUUCUGUUUUGCUCACAUACCUUUAAAACUGGCGUAUAUUCCUUUAGAGACAGAUAUUGGCCUGUGUGCACCCAAAGCAUGUUCACAGAGAGACUUGAUGGAAUUAUACAACGAAUUAUUGGGUAUUGUACAAAGUGUGAUACCCACGUCCAAUCCAAUCUACGCUUCCUAUGUGUAUUGUCCAGAGAAACCCGAAAUCGACACAAGAGCCAUUGUUGCCAUCUCCAUACUUGGAGUGUUUGCCGCUUUGAUAUUGAUAAGCACAACGUAUGACGUUGUGAAGCAGUUGUUGUCUCGCACUGAUCGUAGUUCAAUGAAGACCGUGCCCGAUCAAUCAGUAGAAAUCUCGACUGGCGAGAAAACUCCCCUACUGAUGGAUGAAAAGGCAAAUAUGAUAAAAAAGGAAGAAUCAAUACUGGAAAAGUUGCUGCUUUCGUUUUCUGCUUACACCAAUGGGAAGAAGCUUCUCCAAGUGAAUCAGUCCGCGGGAACACUGACUGCAUUGAAUGGGAUACGGUUCCUCAGCAUCUCCUGGGUCGUUCUCGGACACUCUUACGCAUUCAUUAUGGGGGAAAUGAGCAACUCCUAUUCUGGAUAUGCAAUGUUAUCCAAACGCUGGUCCUUUCAAGCUGUCAUCAAUGCUCUGGUUUCGGUAGAUUCUUUCUUUGCUUUAAGUGGCCUGCUGCUUUCCUACCUGACACUGAAGGAAAUGAAGAAAGGGAAGGGGACUUUCAGGAUCAAUUGGUUCAUGUUCUAUUUCCACAGAUUUUGGAGAUUAACUCCCGUGUACAUGAUUGUACUGAUGAUCAGUGCCUGUCUUGGACGGUACUUUGGAGAUGGGCCAGUGUGGCCUAAGGACGGGUUCGAGAGAAACUUUUGUAAAGACACGUGGUGGAGAAAUCUUCUUUACAUCAAUAAUUUAUUCAAUGACGAUCAGUGCUUUGGAGUUUCCUGGUACCUUGCAAACGAUAUGCAGUUCUUCAUAUUAAGUCCACUUAUGCUUGUGCCGUUGUAUUUCUUUUAUCCAGUAGGAAUAGGCAUCUGUUUUGUUUGGCUGCUCGGAUCUGCUAUAACACCAGGGGUUAUCUCAAACGUCUUGGAUCUUCCACCAUCAACGUUUGGCGGCGGAGGAUCGGAACAAGGAAGAGCAGAUUACUUCAAUAACUACUACAUCAGACCCUACUGUAGGAUAGGACCCUAUAUUGUCGGAAUCAUUGUUGGAUCAUUAUUAUACAAAACAGACUGUAAAGUGAAGAUCAAUAAGUUCUUGAAUCUGCUCUUGUGGUUAAUCUUCGCCACUCUGGCUAUCGUAGUCCUGUACGGACUCCAUGAUCCUAUCUCCCAUCCGGAUGAUAUCCUUAAUCGUGAUGUGUCAGCUCUCUACAAUGCCACUCAUAAGAUUGUAUGGGGAGCAUGCGUAUGCUGGGUUAUAUUUGCCUGUGCUACUGGAAAUGGCGGAUUCGUCAAUACCCUGUUGUCGUGGUCUCCAUUUGUUCCACUAGCUCGACUCUCGUAUUGCAUCUAUCUGACUCACGCCACUGUGAUGUAUGCUUUUAUAUAUAGCCAACGUACAGAAUUUUAUAUGGAUGACAUCAACGCGAUCUAUCUAUUCCUUGGCCAUCUUGUUCUGUCUACUAUGACAGCCUUUGUGGCCUCAGUUGCAUUCGAGGCUCCGAUGAUGGGAUUAGAGAAAAUACUUCUUAGAAGACGACAGAGAAGAUAGUUUUCACUGAAUAAUCUGAUUCAUAUACUCUAAGCUCCCUUCGUGUGGGCGAUGUUUUGUCAUAAUUAUGACUAUAUUAUGAUUGGUAUCCUGUAACUAUAUGAAGGGAAGAUAACUGCAGAACGAAAUAUCAGCAAUGUAGGAAGUAGAAAAGAUAGGUUAAAGAGCCUAUUUCGGCCCCAAAAUUAAUGGUUUAUUAUAAACAUUAGCCUAAUAAUCAUCCAAACGAUCCAUAUUGACUACCUGUCUUUCAUUAUGACAUCAUGACUGUGGAUUUUUUGUGUUAUGACGUCAUAACCUGCGUCAUCAAUUGCAAAUUCUUGAAACUGUGUAAAAUAAAUUUUGGGUUUUAAACCAUUUUCAUCUAAUGAUAGGAUAAAAGAACAUUAAUGAGUUUUCGAUGUUACGUAAAAAAAAUAAUCGUGGGUUGGAGGUUUAAAUAUUUAUUGUUUAUUGGAUUGAUCUUUCUCUUAAUUAUUGGACUGAAUAUUCUUUUGCAUUCAAAAUCUUUAAUAUAUAUUUUGUUGUGAUUCGCAGAAAACGUGGUGUUUGCUUGAAAGGUCAUUUCAAGUUCGCCAUGGAUAUGAUGGAUAUGAAAUAUAGCAUUCUUCAAUAAUGUCCAAUAUAGGUUUGCGCUUCCAUGAUUUCAACAUAACUAAAUAAUUCACAUUUUGUGUUAUUUGCAAGAUGUAAGAUUUUUGGUAAAGUGCUUACUGUCCGAAUGCAAACAGAUUUUAUCAUUAUGUACUGUGAACCUUUUCAAUAAAUGGAAUAGAGAGAUUAAUAUCAA